AUGGCGGAGCAAAAAGUCAGCCGACUUUGGGCGUACUUCCUGGCACUGAGUGAGUCAUCAGCGCUUUCAGCCAUACGAGCUGCGGUGAUCACCUUGCUGUUGUACGGCCUCUUCGCGGCGGUCUUCUUCACAAACGUGGAAGGUUGGACCACCGUGGAGGCGAUUUAUUUCUCCAUGGUGACGAUGUCAACUGUGGGAUAUGGGGACCUGGCUCCCACUAUCUGGUAUUCGCGGUUGGUGGGCGUGGCCUUUAUUUUAGUUGGAAUCAUUCUGGUCUUCGUUCAAGUUGGCGGCGUCAUGGGCCUCUUUGCAAAGCCACUCUUCGACCGGACCCGCGUCUUGGCGGACGACCUAUGGGCACCGCAGUAUGUCCCUUUCACAGACGAGACGGGCUCUCACAAGAUCGAAGCUCCUCGGAGGCCGCUGAUUUUCUACACCAAGGGGCUGGUGGGUCCUAUCACUAUUUUGCUGCUCUUUCAAUUCUUCUCCGCUGCCAUAUUCAUCUGGGUGGAACCUGACUGGGACCUUCAAACGGCGAUUUGGUACGUGAUGGUCACAGCAACCACCGUAGGCUAUGGUGACGUCUCAGUGUCCAAAAGCAACGCCUGGGCCAUGGCCUGGGCGUCGCUACACAUUCUCCUGUCUGUCAGCUUGCUGGCGGCCUUGAUUGAAGACAUCACAGAGCUGAGAAAGAAACGGAAAGAUAUGCUGACCCAGGUGUUUCAGUUCAAGAAAUGUCAUGAGAAGGCCACUUUGACUGAUCUGGAUGCAGACGAUACUGGCAGUGUCGACGAAGCAGAGUUUGUUUUGGGCAUCUUGGUAAAGAUCGGCAAAGUGGAUGAAGUGAACGAUGUGGAGCCGAUUAGGAAGAUGUUCAAGGGCAUCGAGGGCAUCGAUCAUGACAUGGACAUCGGGCUGGGGGGCUGGGCAGUGACAUGUCGCAUGAAAGAGCAGCUGCGGAAGCUUGAUAACUACGUGCGACAGGAGCUUCAUCUCAUGGAGAUGGAUGAAGCUGAUAAGGAGAGGAAGAACAAGGAACGCCACGAUAAGGAGGCCAAGGCACGCCAGGACAAGGACACCGCCACGCCGCACCUCGCCCCCUCCGGCGCUCGCGUGGUACCUGAACACACUGUUGACCCACGACCCCCGCUGCCGGCGCCUGCCGACCCGCCGCUGCCGGCGUUCGUGACGCCGCUGCCAGCGCGCCCGGCGUCGCCCGUUGCGCUGGUGCUGCAGCCGCCACCGCCGGCGCAUCCGCCACCGGAGGUGGCGCGUUGCACCACGGUGUAUGUGACCUGGUGA